GUGUGACAUGAAGGUAUAAAAGUGGUGAAUGUUGUGGACGUAAUGGAUGAGUGUUGGCUAAGUUUGCACUUUAAAUGAUUGUAUGUUUAUUGAUAUUAUUUACAAUAUUUGUUGUUCAAAGUGAAGGCAAUUAAAGCAAACAACUAAUGAAUUAGAGGACUAAUUGUUGUGCAAAAGGCUACACUUGAAUGCAUUAAUUGUCACUUUUAUGGUGAAUAGUUGAUUGAUUGCAUCGAUUGGAGGGAACAGUAGUGUUGAGGAAUGGGAGGAGCGGUGAGUGCGGGUGAGGACAACGACGAGUUGGUGGACAACUUGGUUGAAGCCGAUUAUAUCAAGUCUCUGCACAUCGAGGGUAUAUUCAGGGCCGUCGAUAGGGCCCAGUAUUACGCCGACGGGUGCUCUGAGAAUGCCUACCGAGACCUGGCCUGGAAACACGGCAACCUUCACCUAUCAGCGCCGUGUAUUUACUCGGAAGUGAUGGAAGCGCUGAAUCUAGAGCCGGGCCUAUCUUUCCUGAAUCUGGGCAGUGGGACGGGAUAUCUGAGUACAAUGGUUGGCCUUAUUCUGGGUCCUUAUGGUGUGAGUCAUGGCGUGGAACUACACGAAGAUGUGGUCGAAUACGCCAACGAAAAGCUAAACAAAUUUCGAUUGACUUCUCCGGCUGUCGACAAAUACGAGUUUUGCGAACCGAAGUUCAGAGUCGGGAACUGUUUGCUCAUUGACACGACAUCCGUCAGACAAUACGAUAGAGUCUAUUGCGGCGCCUCAUGUCCUCCCGAACACGAGAACUAUAUGAAGAAUCUGAUUAAAGUCGGAGGGAUUCUGAUUAUGCCAUUGAAUGAGCAUUUGCUUCAAAUACGCCGAACUUCAGAAACGUCGUGGACUGUCAAGUCUGUACUUCCCGUCUCCUUUGCACCAUUGGUUACUCCCACACAAAACAGUGCUCUAAACACUGUUAAAUUGCCUGAUUUGGAAUCACUAUCUCUUAAAGAGAUCUGUCGGUCAGUAAUUAGGACUCAAUUACGAAAGAGAGCCGAAGCAGAGCACCCGUCGAUUACAUUGAAAAAUGCCUCAAAAAGUAGACAAACGCCGAGAAAGAAUAGAAGCGCCGAUUCCAGCGGUAGAGCCAGACGUCCUCCGCGAAGAUGUAAUCGUCGCGUAAUUAUUCCCAUUUUCGAAGAAAACGAUGUCAUGAGUGAUGACACAAAUAGCACUUCAAAUCAAAGACAUACAAAUGGAGACAACUCUAGCGACUCCUUCUCGAGUCGUGUGGUGGCGGCCGCCGCGUCCUCCCUGUCGGCUGUGUUUCAACAAGUAGUCAAUAAUCACGAAUCGGAUCACAACACGAGUGAUAUUUCUGAGUCAAAAGUGCGAAAUGAAGCACAAGAACCAAAUGAUGCAAAUGAUAGCAGAGUUGAUGAUAGGAAUUGUGUUGACAUGUAUUUGGAGGACAGCGACGAACAGGACAUGAGUGCAACCAAUGAGCGCUCAAAAAGGAACGAUGAAGAGGACAAUCCGUCCACUCAUUCGUCGAAUGGUAUCAAUUCGGGUCCCAAAGCUUCAAACUCUUCGAACUCAUCGCCCAAAUAUCCUCUAAACCGGAUCCGUCGCGCGACUGGACUCAUAUUCAAACGCAUAGCUCUGGCAAACUUGGACUCAGACUCGGAUACAAGUAGUUGUGAUCACGAAAUGGUGAGUACGGUAUCCAAUGACGACACCAAAGCUGAGGAUCCGGAUGAGGAUAAUAAGAAAAGGGAUGUGGAGGAGGAUAGAGAAAGUUAUUCAUAUUUGAUGCGACAAAGCAUUAAUGCAUUACCGCUUCCUUUGGUUUUGAAAUCGUAUUUGAAUUUUCAUCGAAACUUAUAAGUGCUUCGUUUGAAUCCCUAUCAAUUGGAAAUACCCUCAAAAGUAUUACUAAUGAAAAUUCACUGCAUUCUUAUUAAUUAUACGCUUAACUCUCUUUUUUGUGACAAUUUUUCUCGACUUGUGUUUUGAUUGGUUGUAAAGAUUAUAUAUAUAAUUAUCUUAUAUUACAAUAAAUGUACAAAAUUUAGUUCAUAAAA